AUGAACGUCAAGCAAGCGGCAUGUCUGAAUUGCCGCAAAAGCAAGAUAAAAUGCCGGCGCGAAGAAGGCGCUUCUGUGUGUGAAAGAUGCUCUAGCGUAGGCGUCGAAUGCAUUAUACCCGAGUUCCAUAUUGGUAGGCAAAAGGGCGUGAAAAACAAACGAUCAGGGUUGGAGAAAGCAAUCUACCAAGUAGAAGAAGCAAUCAAGAAGAGAAAAUCAGACGUAGCUGUCAACCAGAGCACGUUACAGCAUUUGCAACAGCUUUUGAACGAAGCACAAGGAGACGUUGGCCCUAGUCAAGAUGCAAAAUCACCGCCAGUACUAGCAGAACUAUCUUAUGUGCCAGCAAAAGAAGUUGCCAGCACUUCAAGCGAUGAUCAGCUUGCCGUUGAAGAUGUCGAGAAUCCGCUUCAGCUUUUAGCCCGCGCAUCAGACUUGAGGAUUGCCACCACCCCACAGUCGUACAAUACAAGUGUCGCCAGCCCAGAAGGCAGGUUUACUGGUAGCGAGCAAAGCGCAUUCCUCGAUGUUCAUCACUUCUUCUUACCAAUGAAGGCGCAUUUGGACCAAGGAUCUGGGUUAGAUCCAAUUGAUGUAGGAUUGGUUACCAAAGAUGAAGCGGAGAUGCUCCUCCAAUAUUUCCACAAAAGACUAGCUCACACGCGCUGGGGUCUAGACCCAGUGGUGCAUACUCUACCUUUUGUCCGAAACCGCUCAGCCUUUCUGUUUACGACAUUGCUGGCUGUGACGGCCGUCUUCCUACCAGAAACGUCUGCUUUGGCCAAAAGACUACUUCUUCACCGCAGGUUUCUAGCUGAACAGGUCAUUGUUCGAAAGUACAGAUCCGUUGAAAUCGUCCUGGCAUUCAUGGUGAGCAUACCAUGGAUGCCCCCAGGGUCGCAUGCAAGCGACGACGACACAAGUCUCUAUCUAGCUACGGCAUUGUCUAUUUCUUUGGAUCUUAUGCUAGACAAAGUCAUCACUCCAUCUACGUCCUUUGGUCCGGAGCUCACGAGGCAGAUGCCCAAAGCAGAGUGUCUUGACGCAAGAAAAGCACUAGCUAUGGAUGGUUUCGAGGACAUUGACCCGACUUCUGAAUGGGGCCAGCGACUGCUUCGUCGGAGAGAAAGGGUCUGGAUUGCGCUGUUUGUGCUAGAGCGUGGCGUGUGCCUCGCUCGUGGCCGCAGCUACUGUGUACCAAAGACGUGCUUGAUUCAAUACAGCGAUAAAUGGCAUGACCACCAGCACUCGGAUGCCCAGGACGGUCCGCUAGUAUCCAUGGCAGUAUUACGUCGCGAUCUCGACAACCUUUUUGCCGAAGUACGCACGCGAUGCGACAACUAUGGCUCGGCCGAAGUAGGUUCCCAGGUUGCGCAGGAAAUCGACAAGUCAAUUGAGGGCUUCUUCGACAAUUGGUCUCGGGCAUGGCCUUCAGUUAUAAGUGACCCAGAGAGCAAGAGCCUACCCCCUUAUGUCGAGAUACUCGUUACACACACACGACUCUCGACCUACUCAAUGCUUCUGAACCAUCCGAGCGCGCCACCAGAAGUCAAGCGCUCGUUCCGCAAGUCUGCGUUAUCCUCGGCGCUCAAUGUUAUGCGCGCAGCAAUCCAAGGCGAGGGACGUCUCAAGUCAAUGCCCAAUAACACCGUCACGAUGAUUUGCUUUGCAGCCAGCAUAGCGCUGGCUCUAAGCGCACCCGUACCCGAGGGGAGUGGCAAUAAGAAGAGCCUUGCCCCAAGCGUGCGGCACCUGAUAGAGGAUACGGCAACCGUCCUGGAACGCAUUGGCAGUACACCUGUCCAUCGGAACGGGGCAUCAGUUGUGUAUGGUAGAUUUCUGCGCGUAUUGGUUAAGCAGGCGCCUGACAUUGAGAUGCCACCGCCCGUACCUCCGCAGGAGCCUGCACCAACCUCAAUGGCUAUACCAGAUCUCCUUUCGCCCUCGAGCAUGAUGCACAAUGAGAUGCCAAAUCCUAAUAGUCAGCCCUUGGGACAUGAUCCAGUAGGCGAUUACUGGCCUGACAGGUUAGAUUUCUCUGCAAUGUCCUAUAACGAGGUCAAUGAGACUGUUACAAACUCGGAUCUCUUCUCUACAGCAUUGCUCGAUCUGCCCUGGAACGACUCCAACCCGCUAUGGACAGACUGGAUGAAUCUUCCUGACUUCAACUUUCCCUGA